AUGAAGACCUUACGCCUGCUCUCCCCGAGAGGUCCUGCAUCCUGCAAUGCAAUUCGGAAUGCGACUCGGAGCUCAUCGCGGAGUUACUCCUCGCUCUCCGAUCGAUUGCAUCAUGAAUUGACCACCAGGAACCUCCCGUUGACCUACGAUUAUCUACACCCCCAACCCUCACAUCUUCUCAACCUGACGCUCCAGGACUUACUGCCAUCGCCUUCUCCUGUCAACGCGACCCUUCCCUCGGUAGUCAACGCCGCUCCGUUACCGGUCGGCCACCACUUGAUCUACUUCCCCCCGCAAGUGACCUUGUCGCAAUUGCUUCCAGAUUGCACGGAUACUCUACACACGCCCGGGGAGCCGUUCAACCGACGUCUCUGGGCAGGCGGAAAUUUGAGGUUCCCUGCGCCCAGUCCUGUUUUAGACGGGAGCCGCGCGGUGUGCUUGGAGUCUAUCCGCAAUGUAACGGUCAAAGGUCGUGAGGGCGACGAGAAAGUCAUCGUCACAAUUGAGCGGCGUGUUGGCACUGUCUCUGAGCAAGAAACAGAACAGCAGACAUGGAAGCGGAUCUGGACACAGAACGAAGCUGAUGCAGGGGAAUCCUCGGUCAUUGAGAACCGAGAUCUGAUCUUCAUGCGCCUGAAAAGCAACACACAAAUCGAGGCCGACAAGGCGCAGUUCGGAAACCCUGCAAGGAUAGUGAAGCCACCGUCCGACGCGACAUUCCGUCAUUCGAUCAUGCCAACCAAGGCACUGUUGUUCCGGUUCUCGGCACUGACCUUCAAUGCCCAUUCAAUUCAUCUUGACAAGGGUUAUACGCAGAACGAGGAAGGAUACCGCAACCUUUUAGUGCAUGGCCCGUUGACGCUGACCCUUUUGUUGAGUGUGGUACGUCACCACUUGAGCCAGUUAAAUCUGGACAUCAGUGCCAUUGAAUAUAGAAACAUAGCACCUCUGUUUGUAGAAGAGGAGCUUGUUAUCUGUGGUAAGCCCAAAAAUGGGAAUGGUGCUUGGGAUGUGUGGAUUGAAGGUGCAGAUGGUGGAUUGGCCGUUCGUGGCACUGUUCGAACUAGGCAGUGA